UGCCUGUGGCUUUUGAUUACAUGCGUGGCCACCGAGUGCAGUGACUUCGGUCGAAGAGCUUUUAUUUUGACAGGACGAUUCAGACGAAACGCCAUUUCCCGCCGAGAGGCGUGUCAGGUGUUUGUAUGUGAUGAUUUGAGAAACUCACUUCACAUCAGAAGCUGAACAUCUGUCUGUCUAUUUAUCUGUCUGUCGGUAAGUGAUCGUGUGUAAACUGAAGAUGUCAGGCACGCCGAACACCGUUGAAGCGGUGAAACGCAAGAUAAAAGUCCUUCAACAGCAGGUGGAUGAAGCUGAGGAGAGAGCUGAAGCCCUACAGAGACAGAGGGGGGAGGAGAAGAGGCAGAGAGAUCAGGCGGAGGCGGAGGUGGCGUCUCUGAGCAGACGUGUUCAGCUGAUGGAAGAAGAGUUGGACAGGGCUCAGGACAGAUCGACUACAGCGCUGCAGAAGCUGGAGGAUGCGGCGAAAGCUGCUGAUGAGAGCGAGAGAGCAAUGAAGGUGAUCGAGAACCGAGCACUUAAGGAUGAGGAGAAGAUGGAGUUCCAGGAUGUCCUGCUGAAUGAGGCCAGACACAUCGCUGUGGAGGCCGACCGCAAGUACGACGAGGUGGCUCGUAAGCUGGUGGUGAUGGAGGGCGAUCUGGAGCGUGCAGAGGAGAGAGCAGGGCUGGCUGAAGCGCUGAAACUCGAGCCGAGUUUGCUGAGAGAUCAGUGUCCAAGCUUGAGAAGACCGUCGAUGACCUGGAAGAGAGGCUUGCCACAGCCAGAGAGGAGAACAUCAAGAUUCACACCACUCUGGAUUCAACCCUGCAGGAGCUCAACAAUUUCUAGCUUUCCAUGUCUUACACAUGCACCUAUUGUUUUCUGUGCUGUGGGUGACUUAUUCGUUCAUUUCCCACUGCGCUCUAUACUUGUGCUUUUUAUGUCAUAUUUUGCUCCAGGAGUGGCAUUAAACCAGAUCAUACAGGUAUGUAGGUGUAUUUAUAUUGUUGGAUUAUGAGCAGUAUUCAUGCAGUGGUUAAACUGGUACAGAAUCACUAAUUAAAAGAUCAUAUCAUGUUUUCUAGGUGCUGUUUUUGUGACUGAUAUUAUUAAUUUAUUAUCAGAAAGGGGCCAUAAAUACUGUCUGGACAAACACUUUUCAUUUCUCUUGUCCAUAACUGAUACUGAUCACAAGCGGUAUGUAAAAUCAAGUCCAUUGUGACACUUUGUUAUUUAAGAUCACCUGGGAUGAGUGAACUAUAAAACAUUCCACUGCCAGGUGAAGGAAUGAGGUCAAAUAAAGGAAUGGACAUUCACUACCAACACUCACUGGUGUCUGUGUUCAUUCAGGAGCUUUUGACCCCGAAAAAUAAAGACUUUUGGAAAUGCUGCAGACCCUGCUUCAGUUUGAAAGUUUACUGCCCACUGUGUUGCAAGCCCCAGUCCAGACUGAUCACCUAAGAAGGAGGAUGCUGAUGCUCAGCGUAUGGCUCAAGAAGUGCUGAGGGCCAAAGAAUCUCAGACGAAGUGGUCAAAAGAGGGAAGAAUUAUUAACAUUGCCACUGUGGCCACACUGAUGCACAACCAGUCUCAUAAGAGCAUUGUUGAAUUCAAGGUACAGGAUUGUAAUAACAGAAGAAAGGAAGGAGACGAAGUCCUUUAACCUCUUACACUCUGUGACUAUUUUAAGGAUUUCCGCCUGGAUUUAGCCUACCCAAAUUGAAAAGCUUCCCAUACCUACAUGCAGAGGUGUAAAUACAAAAGUUUGGUAUCAUUUUACAGGAACCCUUUGAAGUUACAUAAAACACUGUUGAAAGUGAUAAAAAUGAUUGUAUGUGUUGUCUGUGUUAUAAUAAACACUUAAGAAAACAGGCGCUCUGAGGUUUUUUUACA